AUGUGGCGCGCCUUACUGGCCGCCCUCCUCGUCGCACAGUUUGCGCGUGCACAGGACGAUAUGGGCUCAUCAGAAGAACUCGUUUUGGUAGAAGACGGGCUGUUGCGGAGGAUAUUGAAUCCCAGUGAAGAAUUGGAAAUGGACGGUGAAGGACCCCGAAAAGUGAUCAAACGAUGCCGGUGGAAGUUGUGCGGUGCGGGCCGUCGUUUCCGCUACAAC